GCCGCUUCGUGGAGCAGAGAGGUGCAUCACCAGGUUCCUGAUGAACCCAGAGAACCCUCCACCGUAUCCGGGCCCCGGGCCAACAGCCCCAUACCCACCUUAUCCACAACAGCCAAUGGGGCCAAUGGGGCCUAUGGGAGCCCCACCUCCUCAGGGGUACCCCUACCCACUGCCUCAGGGGUACCCCUACCAAGGAUACCCACAGUACGGCUGGCAGGGUGGACCUCAGGAGCCUCCUAAGACCACAGUGUAUGUGGUGGAAGACCAAAGAAGAGACGACCUGGGCCCAUCCACCUGCCUCACAGCCUGCUGGACUGCUCUGUGUUGCUGCUGCCUCUGGGACAUGCUCACUUGA